CUGUCACAUGACCUCAAGCUCACUGGCUUAGUCUUUGAGUAAUAUGGCGCGUAAUGCUUCUGUAGUCAAGCCUUUCGAUAAGAUGCCUGUGUUGAACGUUGCCUCUCUCCUGUUGGUGGGCUCAGAGGAGAGUCAUCAGGAAUUAAUUGCCAAUGCAAUUUUGAAAAGGACGGGAACCUUUGAAGUAAAGAUCCAUGUGACAACAUCCCUUCCUUUAGCAUUUGAAAGAGAUCAUCUCCGUCCACGUUUUGACAUGAUUGUAUUUUUAAUUAAUGUACACAGCCAGUACAGCCUGGCUAGUGUUAUUUCUUCAGUUACCCUCUUGGAUGCCUACUUUUUCUUUGGGAAGGUGUGUUUUCUAGCCACAAAAGGUAUGCACGGGAAAGUUCAACAUUGUUUAGUGGAUAAAAGCAUCGUAAAAGAUCUUGCAGACAAAUAUCUGAGUCUCUUAAUUCACACUGAACUUGAAGAUGAAGAUGAUGUUGAAUGGACAGCCAAGCGCCUGCUUAAUAUGCUGAAAAUCUGCGCUGGACUGGUGCCUGGCAUUUCGUCACUCUAUACUGGAUCAGUAAUUAAAUACAUAUAACACUUGGAGCUCACUUUAUGCCCACAGGGCAAGCAGAAAACUAGUGUAAAAUCUGCCUUUCAUAAAAGGUGGUACAAAAUACAAAGUGUAACAAAGACUCAAACAUAUCUGUGUCAUAUAUCUAAACCAUAAAGUUAUCCUGUAUACUGAAUAAACUUCAUUUUUAA